UUUGUUUUUUCUCUUUUUUGGCAGCCAAACCGAUCACGGUCUAUUUUUGUUCACCUUCAUCACCAUCAUCCGCCUCUUGGACAUCGAGACUCCUUACCCAGUCCUCCAUUGAGUCCAGGCGGAAUCUCAGUUCGUUCAGCACGAAAAGCUUUGUCUUUGUCCAGUCCAAACAGUUGUUUUAAUCGAGCUAAAAAAUUUUACCAAAAAUCUCCACUUCGGCAUGUCGGUCCCUGGAUGUUAUUAUUACUUUAUGCUCUUCUCGGUGCACUUCUUUUCUUUUGUUUAGAAGCAGAAAAUGAACGUUUAUUAAUUCGAAAAGAAUGGAAUCAAUUAGAGCGAUUAAGGCAACAAACACUUAGAAGAUUAGCUAGAGUAGAGAGGCAUCAUCAAAAAGAAGUUUUGAUACAAUUUGAGAGAGAAUUAGUUAAAAUUAAAUUACCUGAAGCUUUGGGUAAGGGGUUUUGUUUUGAAAUUAAAAUAAUUAUUUUAUAUUUUUUCUUUGAAGCUUGGGACUUUUGGGGUGCUUUAUUUUAUGUCCAAACAGUAUUUACAACAAUAGGUUAUGGGAAUAUAACACCUAGAACAACAGCAGGGCAAGCAUUUUCAAUUUUAUAUGCAAUUGUUGGUAUUCCUUUAGUUUUGGCUUUGUUAAAUCAAACAAGUAGAAGAAUGACUAGAUGGUUAAGUCAGAAAUGGAUAAAGUAG